GGCGACUCCGGGAGCGUGACGGAGGAGGCGCUCAGAGCAGCGCUUAUGCAACCGGCUGACCUACUAACACACAUUCGCCGGGCGAAGGAAGGAGGGCGGCGGCGGCGGGCGAGGAGGCAGGCGCUUGGCGGGGCGAGAGGAGCGCGGCGGAUCCCUGGACACGGCUGCUUCUUCCCAAAGAGGCGUUUCACUCCCUUCUGGGCCUGACUCCUUCAUUUCCCACUGCGCCUGCCAGCCAGAAACAUCUCUGCUCUUGCCGUCGGCCGACGUCUGGAUUCAAAGCCCCUCGGGUCUUCCAGUGAGUGGAAGGUCCUCUUCCAGAUAGCAAAGAGUGACCAGAAAGCCUUCGAUCGCCUGGGCCUCCAGCUGAAAGAAUUCCUGCUCCUCUGGGUGUCCUGGAAGAUGCUCUCCUUGUGCUGGACAGUUCCCUUUGCACCGGUGGGGACUCGGAGCCUGUUUGACUGUUGCAGCUGGAGGACAGCUCGAGGCUAUAUUGUAAGUAGCGCCUCUGGCAGUACAGUUUGACAACAGCGUCGGGUGUUUGGGUUCGGCAAGAAAGUGCCCUUUCCAGCUUCAGCAGCAAAGGGCGGGCAGGCGACGAGCACCUGAACGCUUGUGCCGAGGGAUCGCCAGACCUUCCGCCGGCGAGGCCAUGGAGAGUCUCAACUCGCCCACGCUGUGUUCGGCAGGGAGCUUCCCUGGAUUCCACCAAGACGGCAUGAUGCAGCGAGCCCGGGCGCUGAAGGGCAAGCCAAGUGCCAACUGCCGACGGAAGCGGGAAUUUAUCUCUGACGAGAAGAAGGACGCCAGCUACUGGGAGAAGCGGCGCAAGAACAAUGAGGCCGCCAAGCGCUCGCGGGAGAAGCGGCGUUUCAACGACCUGGUCCUCGAGAACAGGGUGAUGGCACUGAACGAGGAGAACGUGCGGCUCAAGACGGAGCUCCUGCAGCUGAAGCUGCGCUUUGGCCUCAUCAGCACGGCGGCCUUCAUGGAGAAGAGCCAGCAGCUGAGCGCCGCCAGCGCCAACGCCAUGGCCCACUUCUACGAGAGCAGCGACGGCAGCGUCUACUCUGGCAGCUCUUUGUCCCGGGCGCAUCACUCAGAGGACUCCUCCGAGACGGAGCAGUCGAGUCGGGACGGCGGCAGUGUGUCUGCGGCCAAGUAUUCGUCCCGGGGCUCCCUCUCGGACAUGUCGGACGGCUCGUCUCGGGACAGCCCCAUGCCGCAGACGCUCGGGGAGGCCCAGGCGGUCAGCCGAGCCUACGGCGAGGCUCCCCCGCAGCAUCCCCCGGAGCCCCAAACCCCGGUUCCUCGCGGGGUCAUCCUCUUCAGCGCCAAUGGCUUUACCGCAGUGGCAGCCCCCCAGCCUUUGCUUCCUGAGCGGGAGGAGCGGGUAGGAGGACAUGGGGCUGUUGAGGCACCCAAAAGCCCCUGCAUGGAGCAGGAAGGUCACAGCCAGAGGGAGGAGCUGCCCCUCCACCCAGAGUACUGCACAAAGCCCCCGAGCUACAGCACGCCCAGUGGUUAUUUGGAGGGGGAUCUGCCCCAAGUGGAGCACAUGAGGAAGGCUCAGGAGCCCCAAUCCCCCUUUGAGGGCUACAGCAGCGAGGAGAGCGGGGAAGAGCGCAGCUGGGGCGGCUCGCCUGUUCCCUACCCAGGGCCGCUGGAUGCUCACCCUGAUGUCCGGACAGCAGCUCUCCCUCACAAGCUUCGCCUCAAGUGCAGGGCCCACAGCAGCGGCGUUCAAGAGCUGUUCCCUGGCCCUAGCACUGUCCCAGCCGGCUGCUGUCAGGAAGCUCCCACGGCAGCGGACUGGGCCGGCGACCGGCCCGAGGAGAUGCCGGCCUUGGUGCGGCAAGCGCUGCUUCUCAACGAGCAGCCGGCCGCAGGGGGCGCCCUGGAGAGACUUCUGUGCCGCGGCUCCGGCCUCCCCUCGGACAACUCAGUGCCCAAGGACCAUGUCAGCCGGUGGGGGGAUGGUUGCCAUGACGAUGGGCCUCGGGCCACUUGAAGGAGGCUCGGGCGUGGGUAAAAGAUGGCGGGCUUUUGUUUUUUUUAAACUGACCUGGGGUUUUGUAUACGAGGGGAAUUCUGCACGGCAGGAUCAGCCUUGGAUUUGGGGAGCGGAAGCGGGCCUUCGUCCACUCAGGCCCCAGGGCCGCAGGAUCAAGCAGAGUGGCCGUCAUGAGACACGGAGGGAUCGUGGCCUGGCUGGACUUGAAAGGGGUCUUGUGAAAAGGCAGGCUGUGGAGCUACUGAGAUGUGGGAGCUGGUGGCCUCCCUGCUUGGAUAGGCCAGGGAUUCAGCACAUGGAGGGGACCUGUCUCUGAGCUCUGCUGGCUGUUCAGUCAGUCACUGCAAGGAUAUUGUUACUUGAGCUGAUUUUGGGGCAUCGAGAUCCACGGAGAAGUUGGCAUCUAAUCCGCCCUCCGCUGGUGCUGAGACUCCUGGGUAGCUUCACAUCUUCUGAGUCAGGAACUGCUUGGUUGGACAGAAAUAUUUGUGAUUUUAAAUACUAAAAUAAAUGUGCAGGAAAUUUCAAGAAAUGCUGAGGAAUUGCUGAGUAUCACUUGGGAGUGGAAACAGAUUAGCAUAAAGGGGAUAUACAACAGCGGUGCCUUAUAUUUCAACCAGGGCAGCCAAACGUACAGGAAAGGACUCAGUGUUUUGUCUGUUUACAUAUAUUUGUAUGGCGUGUCACCAUCCAACAUCCAUAGCAAUUGUACAGCGCCCACUCACCCUUCACUGAAGCAGUGAAUUUAAACUGUCCAUCCUAAAAGAUGGAUAUAAGAACAGCGUAAGGCCGAGAACUUACUCUUCCUAAGCCUGACAGAGUCUAAGAAAGUCUUAACCUCAUUUCUCAAAAUCCAGCAGGGAGUAAGAAUAGGCCAAAGCUUUUCCCCAGCUGGGUUGCUGCUCCCACGAAGGGCCCUUUUCCUCGGCUCGAGGUUGGCCCUUUCCAAAGAUCCUGGCGCCCAAGGAAGUUCAUAAGGAAGUUCAUGACCUCCAGCCAUGUGGGAUUGUGAAAGUCAGCAUUUAGCGUAGAAACAGGUAGUCGGGGCAGUUAUUUCAGCCCACGUGUUAGGAAUCUUGUAGGUACAUCUAAGUUCAAAGCCUCAUUUGGGAGGGCUUUGCACUGUGUGACUUCAAUCGUUUCGCCUCCUCUUGGAGGAACAAAAACCACACCUGACUUUUUCCCUGCCAGUGAGUCCAGGACUUUCAGUGAGAUGCUGAAAGCCAGGCCUGGAAUAGUCAACACCAGCCGCCCUAAAUGUUGUUGGGACUCCAGCUCCCAUCAGCUCCCCACCAACACGGCCAGUGUGGUCAGGCAUGAGGGGAGGUGCUAAAGGACCACAAGUUCCCUGUCCCUGUUUGGGAUUACAGGUGUGGGUUAUUUGAGGUUGAGGUGUGCCAAGGGAUGGGUCUGGCCUCUGCUUCAGGUGGCAUAAACCUGGCCAGGUGCCCGUUAAGUUUCAUAGUGUUUGUUUCGUUUUCCUACCAGUGGUACACUAGGAGGAGGAGAACACAUUACCUUUUUUUGUGUGUGUAAUAAUGAGGAACAAAAGUGUCUGCAACUGGAUACAGAACGCUGUGUGUGGAGCACAGGAGGAGUCUGGUGGGCUCAGAUAUGGGGGCCGUCCCAAGUCAGUAUCCUGUCUCCCAAUGGAAUGCUUUUGGGAAGGUCACACAUUGUGCAUUAAAGCAGCACCCAUUCCCCACUGGGUGCCCUCCAGCAACUGGUCGGAGGUGCACUGUCUCUCAACAUGGAAGCUCCACUUGGCUAUUAAAGGUAAAGGUAAAGGGACCCCUGACCAUUAGGUCCAGUCGUGAUCGACUCUGGAGUUGUGCGCUCAUCUCGCAUUAUUGGCCGAGGGAGCCGGCGUAUAGCUUCCACGUCAUGUGGCCAGCAUGACAAAGCCGCUUCUGGCAAACCAGAGCAGCACAUGGAAACGCCGUUUACCUUCCCGUUAUAGCGGUUCCUAUUUAUCUACUUGCAUCUUGAUGUGCUUUCGAACUGCUAGGUGGGCAGGAGCUGGGACCGAGAAACGGGAGCUCACCCCGUCGCAGGGAUUCGAACCGCCGACCUUCUGAUCAGCAAGCCCUGGGCUCAGUGGUUUAACCCACAGCGCCACCUGGGUCACUGGCUAUUAUGGUUAAUAAUCACUUGGCUAUUAUGGUUAAUCAAAUCAGCUAUUACUGUCCCUGCUCUUCCCUGUGGAAGCAAUGAGUGUAAGAUGCAAACUAGCUGUAGAGACAGCAAAAUGUGUCAGGCUGCCUGUGGGAUUCAGAGACUGGACUCCUGCGAUGCUAAUGUGGCCGUUCUAAAAAUUUGAGGGUUGGCCUCCACUGAAGGUUUAUUUAUAAUUUCCACCUUAGCGCAGGCAUUCCUAUUAGCAGACUGGGAGCAGGUAAGGUUUGAGUAACAGCAGCAGUUGUGUUUCCCCACUACAGUGGUGCCUCGCUAGACAAAAUUAAUUCGUUCCACGGGUCUUUUCUUAUAACGAAAAAUUCGUCUGGGGAAUCCCAUAGGAACGCAUUGAAAUUUUUUUUGCCCAUAGGAACGCAUUAAUUGAAUUUCAAUGCAUUCCUAUGGGAAACCGCGAUUCGCUAGACGAAUUUUUCAUAAAACGAAUUCGUCUAGCGAGGCAACCUCCGCUCGAAAAAUCCUUUCGUUAAGCGGAAAUUUCGUUAAGCAGGGCAUUCGUUAAGCGAGGCACCACUGUAUGUUGAGCCUGCUACUUUAUGCAGACAUCCCCCACCCGCUGGCUUUUUGCAUCUCUUUGAAGGCUAGCAGCGACUUGCCUGUCCCUGCGCUUCCUCAUUCUGCCACAUCUCUGGGUCAGGGUAGGAUUAUCCCCGAUUAGCAAGGGCAAGAAGAAAGUGCCGUUAAAAGUAGGUCAUCCGGCUACACACACACACACACACACACACACACCCUGCCUGCCCCUUCUGCUUGCACACACACUGCUUGAGGGUGGCUGGCUGGCAGGGUUGUGUACCAUGAAAGCAGCCCAUCAGAAUGCCUGGCCUGUGUUGCCAUGGCAGCGGCAGCCUGGGAUAAAAAGAUAGAGCAGAGAACAGCCUGGGAUAAAAAAAAGAUAGAGAACAGAAUAGGAGAGCCAGGAUGGGGGUUGGGGGGCAGCCCAUGUAGUGUUCUGUAUGGACAGCUUUGGAGGCCAGCAAGCUCCCGAAUCUGUGGCACCAAAUUACAAGGACAUUGCAAUAUUUUUGAGGCAAAUAGGCAGUGGAAAGACAAAGGCUCAAUACUUGCAGAGAAGUAUUGAGCAGGUGGCAGUUUUCCACUCAUGCGGAUGAAGCAGGGUGGAAAAGUUACGCCCCUCUAGUUUGUGUGUGUCAGGAUGCUCUGAAGGCAGAGGAGCAGAGUUAGCAAAAAGAAAAUGUCACAGCAUCACCUCCAACCCCCCCACCUUGGCAGCCCUAUGGGCAAAGGUGGCACAAAUUGGAGCUGGAACCCGCGAGUCAAAACAAAUGGACUCCCUAACCCAAGUUUAUGAAUUGGGACUCUGGAAUGUCUUAGCGGUAACGCUCCACAUGACACCUGGGUGUUACUUAACUGUUGGUGUCAGUCGGAGGCCUCCACCUUCUGCCACAAGCUGCCUUUGAAACAUAAUCAUUGGUUUGGUUUCCGCCCAGCUUUCUUGCUUCUCAAGCACAGUCCAAUAGGUUUGAGCUUGCCUUAAGCUCUCUAUGAUUGCCAUGAAGAAGGCAGAAGCAGUUACGCAAGGAAAGGCUAUGGACCAGCUUAAUCCUGAUCGAGACACUCAGUGCAAGUGUCAUGAAAACUCCCCAUGGUAAUUCAGUUGUAUAAUAUGGGGGGUGGAAAAUUCCUCACGUGAAAAUCGACAGCCAAGGGGAGGGACUGUUGCUCAGCGACACAUUGUGCCCUUUGUAUGCAGGUCUCCUGUUCAAUUCCUGGCAGACUCCAGCGAAACAUCCACGAGUAGGUGAUGGGGAAGACCAGGCAUCCCCAAACUGCAGCCCUCCAGAUGUUUUGGCCUACAACUCCCAUGAUCCCUAGCUAACAGGACCAGUGUCGGGGAAGAUGGGAAUUCUAGGCCAAAACAUCUGGAGGGCCGAAGUUUGGGGAUGGCUGGGGAAGACUCUGCCUGGGCUUCCCCCAUCCUCAUGCCCUUCAGAUAUUUCGAACUACCAGCUCUCAUCCGCCCCAGCCAAUACAGCCUGGAAGGUACUAGGCUGGGGAACACUGGCUUUGACAACACUGGCGCAGAGCUGGCCCUACCAUUAGGCAGAGCGAGGCAACCAAUUUUGAGUCUCAUGAAAGGGCGGCAAAUUAUUGCUGUGUUGUUAUUGCCAGGCCAGGGGAGAAUUGUUUGUGGGGAUUUCAUGCCUCAAAUGCCAAUGUAUGUUGACUAGCCAUGGUAUUAUGCACCUUUGCUUGGGAGUGGGCACAGGAUUGAGGGGGGGCAGUAUUUGAAACUCUGCUUCAGACAGCAAGAUGUCUUGGGCCAGCCUUGACUGGAUUACACAUGUAGAGCAGGCAUGUCCAACAGGUAGAUCGUGAACCACCAGUAGAUCACUGGACGUCUGUGGUAGAUCACUGGUAGAUCAGUGGCUCCCCCCAAAGAAGCUAAAAAAAUUUGGCUCCCCUAAAAAAAACCUCAACAUCUUUGCCCUGCACCCCUAAAAUUACCUGAACCACCAAAAACAGGGCUUAACUUCCAAAACAAAGCUCAUUGUCGCUUUCCUUCUUCCCUAAAGAAGCUCAACAACUUUGACCUGAACCCCCCCAAAGGGCGUAGAUCACUGCCAGUUUAUAAUUCUGUGAGUAGAUCGCAGUCUCUUGGAAGUUGGCCACCCCUGAUGUAGAGUUAAGGACAUUUUCUGUGUUCCUGUGAAGAUGUAGGGCUGCUAGAAGACGUGGUAUUUGGGAAUAGAUGCUCUGUAUGACUAGCAUCCAGAAGGUCUGUUCCCAAUUGCUGGUUAAACUGAAGCAAGUUUAACCUUCACUCCUUUCAUUUUUGCAUUCUGAGUAUUUUAUCCCCUUUGUUGAAAACAAUCUUGCUAUUUCACACCAGUUCUGGUGAAAAGCUCAAAUCUUCACAAAUGCAGGUUCUCAUGCUGCCUUCCUUUUAUGCAGCAUUUAAAUAGAAAUCAAGGCCAUUAAGCCCACAAGGAUGGGGCUUUCCCCUCAUUGUUCUCUCAGUUUAGGUGCUUCACGUUUUUUAAAUGGUUCUGGCCUUCUGUUUUGGUUGGUUGGAGCAUCUUUGUAGUUUCCAAUGGGUUAUUUACUCAAAACAUAUCCUUUCCACUGUGUAAUCCUCAAGGUGGCUUGCGACAACCCAAAUGAAUACCCACAUAAAAGGUAAAGGGACCCCUGACCAUUAGGUCCAGUCGUGACCGACUCUGGGGUUGCGCGCUCAUCUCGCAUUAUUGGCCGAGGGAGCCGGCGUACAGCUUCCAGGUCAUGUGGCCAGCAUGACAAAGCCGCUUCUGGCAAACCAGAGCAGCACACAGAAACGCCGUUUACCUUCCCGCUGUAGCGGUUCCUAUUUAUCUACUUGCAUUUUGACGUGCUUUCGAACUGCUAGGUUGGCAGACAACCCAAAUGAAUACCCACAUAGAUAAAUAAUAAUAAAUCAAAGUCAACAGAACUAAACAAUGGUGACCUCCCUUGUAUCUAAGAUGCAUUCAUUGAAGACAGGUCUGCCUGCAAAAUGGAGCCCCCAUGGACAAAGUUAGCCUACCUUCCAGUAUCGGCUACUGGUGACAAAAAGAGAGUGUUAUUGGUUUAGGCCUUGUGAUCCUCCCAUAGGCAAUUGGUUGGCAGCUGUUAUGAUGCUAGACUUGGUGGAAUAAGGAUGUUUCUUAGGGUUUAGGAUCUGCAGUUAGUGAUGGUAGGCAGGAAUCUGGACUGGACUCUUGGAGAAGAAAUUACAGAAGCACAGCUUGGCCACAUCAUGAUGUAAUUCUGUUACCAUGAAAAGGCCCUGGAAAGCUAGUGCACUGGGGGAAACUAAACUUGUGAUGGACCACUUGCUUUAAAGCUUGGAUGUGAAACUAGGUCUCCUUUGCAGUAUAUGCACCCAAAGUCAGGGUGCUUGAGGGAGGAAGCAAAGACGCAUACAAUCACUUGCCUAUUCAGACAUACCGUAGUAGAACCUGCUUCUUGAAAUCCUGAAAACAUUUGAACCCAAAACCAUUUGUGUAGAAAGUGGACCCAGAACAGCCUUCUCCUUGGCACUGAGGUUGUGGAGUGCUGGAAAUGUGGGAAAUGUUUGCAAAAGCUCUCGUUGCCGAAUGUGAUGGCUAUUAUUGUUCCUGUGCCUCUUUGCCAUUUGGAAACUUGUGUUGGUAAGCUGGGCGAUGAGGUGGCAAGCUACCAGGCUCGCCCUGAACUAAGGAACGAUGGUAAAGGUAAAGGGACCCCUGACCAUUAGGUCCAGUCGUGACCGACUCUGGGGUUGCGCGCUCAUCUCGCAUUAUUGGCCGAGGGAGCUGGCGUAUAGCUUCCGGGUCAUGUGGCCAGCAUGACAAAGCCGCUUCUGGCAUACCAGAGCAGCACAUGGAAACGCCGUUUACCUUCCCGCUGUAGUGGUUCCUAUUUAUCUACUUGCACUUUGACGUGCUUUCGAACUGCUAGGUUGGCAGGAGCUGGGACUGAGCAACGGGAGCUCACCCCGUCGCGAGGAUUCGAACCGCCGACCUUCUGAUCGGCAAGCCCAAGAGGCUCUGUGGUUUAACCACAGCGCCACCUGGGUCCCUUAAGGAACGAUGAGUGACCCAGAAACCGCACAAAGCCAUUUCCACCGGCUGCUGGGAUCCAGGUGACUGGCCGGUCACCUUUCCUCUCAGGAGCCACUGCCUUCCAGGCACUGCUGAGUCACUCUGCAAGGCAAGGAGAUGUUGACAGCUCAGUCCAGACUGCCAUGAGUACUUUGUGGGCGUCUCCAGGAAAGAAGCUGCACCUUCCUCUUAUCCAGUGCCCCUGUGGAGAUGCUGCCUAUCAUUAAGGAUUGCACCACUGGGCUCAGGCAUUCUUGUUUUUCCAAUUCCAGGGCUAGCAGGCAGAAGGCAUCAAGGUUUAGCAGGAUUAGAGAGCAAAGGGAGAAACCAAGAUUGACGAGGGGGGAGGGGGCACAGAGAAUGAUUAAGAUGCCAUGUGAGGUCAAUGGUGCCCGAUACCCAGAAUUAGGCAUAGAUGCUUUCUUGGCCUAUUAUGCUUUACACCAGGCAUCCCCAAACUGCGGCCCUCCAGAGGUUUUGGCCUACAACUCCCAUGACCCCUAGCUAAAAGGACCAGUGGUCAAGGAUGAUGGGAAUUGUAGUCCAAAACAUCUGGAGGGCCGAAGUUUGUCGAUGCCUGCUUUACACUUUGCUCUCUCAAGAGAAAGCUGUGUGUGUCUGAUUGUGCUCAUUUCACAUCACGCAUCCUAGAAUAACUGCCACCAUGUUGCCAUCAUCUCUACCUGCCCAAUUGGUUUCUCUCGUCACCUGCAGGCAUAUACUAGAAAGGUGGGGAAAAUCUGCAUUGUUAAUACCUUGCCUUUGCCAGACAUUCAUGUGGGGACUGGAGUACCAAAGCAUCAUCAUCAUCAUCAUCAUCAUCAUCAUCAUCAUCAUCAUUAAAUAAAUUUGUAUCCCGCCCUUCACCUGAAAAUCAGAGGUAGUUCACAACAUAAAAAGGCUCCCCUUUCACCCUACAUAAUUUCAACAGCAUACUGAGGGGUCUUAGCAGCUCAAUGAGGGAAGGGUUGCGUUGAGAGCUAACAUACCUGUUGAGAGACAGGCAGGUGUACAGGGCCAGCCCAAAACAUUUUGGUACCUGAUGCUGAAAUUCCUAGUGACACCCACCUUCCCACUCACUAACAUGGGGGCACAGUCCGCUGGGAACUUGUCUUGUACAAGCCCCGUUGAAGUGUACGGUGCUGGUCUGAUUUCUGUUCAUUUUAGUGGGGCUUCCGUAGGAUAAUUUCCUACUGGAAAUUGAACCUAAUACAGAGAUGUUCUUGAUUGGUAGCUUAAAAGCAACACAUUAGAUUGCCUACUUCGUUCAUCGCAGGACCAUCCUUGGGGUGUACGGGAGGGUUGCCCCAGGUGUUGUUGGAUUCCAACUCCCAUAGGCCCCAGGCACCCUGGACAAAGGCCAGGGAUUUGGGGAGAUGCAGUUGAAGAACAAACAGAGCGGAAGAUUCGCAAUCCCUGGUGUAGCGAUUGGGAUGACACCUACUUUUCUGUUUUGGAGGUGACAGAAGGAGGUCCCUUGACAUGGAACGUUAUCAGAGGACUGAACUCAUUGUCUCCUUGUGGUCAACACUGGCUCUUCUUCAUGCUUUGCCCAACAAGGCAGGUACAGAAUCAGAUGGAAAUCGGAUGGAAAUCAAGAGGAACAAGUCUAGGAACUGGCAGAUGCGCUGAUUAACCAAGCGCAACAGAGUGUUAUGGCACCCAGGUCAGGAUGGGGAAAGGAUCCGACCAUUCGUUCUAAAUCGUCGAUUAAGAGGGUUGGGGGAAAAGGAUCCAGAUAAUUAGAGAGCCCCAAGCGGAGUCAGAGACUGGCCACAAGAGGCCAGCCCUUGAGUCAGAGGCCAGCAUUUCCUAUUCCAGGCAAUUCAGGGUUGCUCAGUGAGUCAACUCGUCAGCUAUGCAGAAAGGGCAGCCCCACAGCCCUACAGAAGGAAAACUAGCGGUGGGUGGCACCUUCGCCAAUGCGCUUGUGGCCCUGCCCUGGUUUCCUGGUCCUGGCACAGAGGGCUGUGUGAGACGGGU